UUCAUUAUUAACAUACUCUAUGGCACAUUCUGAUCUUUAAAUAAUCACACCUUAUUCCAUCUGGCCUCUAGCAAUAUGUUUUUUGAUAUUACUCUCAUUAUGAUGAAAGCAGACCAGCUGAUUACAUCCACCUCACAAGAACUCCACAGCUUAGUUUACACAUCCAGAAACUCUGUAAAAUUUCUGAAGAAAGGCAGGCCAGCUACUGUAAUAUUGCCAGGUGUCAACUUGAAUGGAAGAAAGUUGAGCCUGGCCCUUCUUUUCUUAGCCCUUAAAGCCACUGUCCAAGUUAAGUAUUGUGCAGGUGUCAAGUAAGUUUACAUUAUAAAACCUUGCAACUGCACUAAUAAAUACAUCUGCCAUUUUUCCUUCCAAAGCCUUCCCCUACUAUCAGUGAGGAUGAAGCCUUGCAGUACUCACUCACAACAAACCUUGUGAUCUUUGAAUAUGCAGAGGCUUGAAGUUGAAGUUAUUUCUCAACUGCAGCUGGAAGUCUCAGGUUCCUAAAGAGAAAAACAGCCCAGUACCAGAGGCAAGGCCUAAACCCUGAAUUAGCACACUUACUGCACUGUGUCACAGCAGGGCUUGGUGGCAUAGAUUUUUGCUAGAAGCAUGGAGACUUUUAUCAAACUCAAGCUCCCAGAUUCUGUUACAGACUUAGAAGAAAGCACAGCGAGGCACAGCAUCGAGCACGUUCACAUACCCAGCACCACCGGCUCAGCUGCACCGAGCACCAGUUAGUUUCACAUUUAUGCCGGCAGCCAGGCCGGCCUGACUGCACUGAAAUAACCCUCAGUACCCAGAUGUUGCGCUAUUUUUACCCUGGAAAAGAAAGAAAGGACACCCAACAAAACUUCAGGGCGGGAGGCCACGACAGCACAGACUUUAUUCCGAGGCUGCAGCGCAGGUUUCGGCGCUCGGCAGCGCCCGGGCUCGCCAUCCCCGCAGUGACGUGUCCACCUGAGGCUCCGGGGCCGCCGCCGCCGCCGGAGACAAAGUUCUGUAGUGCACUGACUGCUAUCGUACCCAGAGUCGGAGUGUCACAGAACUUUGCUUCCGGAGGCUCCAGUCCUCCGCCGGUACCGGCGCCGGGGCCGCCCGCCAGCACAAGUUUCCCUGCCUGGGAAGGGAAGGCGCACACGGUUAGAGGUGGGGAAGGGAGCCCCCUCCUCCUCCGCGGCUCGGCGGGAGACCCGCUGCCCGAGGAAGAGGGAGAAGGAGGCGAAGACAUUUUUUUUCUUAUUUUUUUUUUAAUAAAUACCCAAAAUGCAUCCCCCCAACACACACCUCCCCCCAGCCCGGAGCUAACGGGCCGCCCUGCGAAAGCCGCGGCCGAGCAGCUGCCCGGAGCGCUGCCGCUGCAGCCAGCGGGAGCUGCCGCUUGCCGCUGACAGCCCCGGCGCCGCGGCCCUGCGGGACCCCGGGCAGCGCCGGGCAUCCCCCCGCGGCCCCGCA